UCUAAUUUUUUACGCUUCGGAAAAAGCAAGAUAUUUAUCGAGUUACUGAUCAGAGUUUAACCAUUUCUUUCUUGCACAACUCUGUUGGAGAGUGGUUGGAACAGAUGGGGCAGCAAGAAAUAUUUUUUUUGUUGGAUCCAUUGCUUUUCAGGAUGUAGCACACAAGGUCUCUGCCCUUAAAGUUUUUCUUAACAGGGGAGACAUGGCAAGACUUAAGGAGAUUCAAGAAGCUGUCUUACAAAUGAGCGCACCAAAGGCUCUGAGAAAUGAACUGAUUCACAAACUGAGAAGUGAAAGAAUGUCGUAUCAUGAAGAUGAAUCAAGCUGGAACCGAUCAUGGGUGGCAAUUAAGAAGCUCUGGGCUUCAAAGUGGAACGUGAGAGCUUACGUCAGUAGAAAACUAGAGUUGACCCAUGAUGUCGUAUGCAUGUCGGUGCUGGUUCAAGAAUCAUGUGGUGAUUAUGCUUUCGUCAUUCACACAAAAAAUCCUGUCACUGGUGAUCCUUCUGAAAUACACACAAGAGAUUGUGAAGGGUUUGGGAGAGACCUUGGUUGGAGGAUAUCCAGGACGAGCAAUGAGCUUUAUCACCAAGAAAACAAACCUCAACUCGCCAACCGUGAGAAACAAAAAACAGAUAGUGUUUGCAUGUUAGCUCCAGUAAGUAUUUGAGCUGUGCAGGUGAUCAGUAGUUACCCAAGUAAUAGGAUAGUUCUGUACUCUAAACCCUCUAUCAUGUUCUUAGCAGGAAUGUUGUCAAAAUAUGUACACAUUAAUACCAAAUAAUUGUUUUCCCCCUAAGUAAUAGACAACCUAUAAAAACCAUUGUUUUCCUUAAUGUUUUUUUUUGGAUU